UGGUUUUCUCAUUAUUGAUGCUAUUCAGCUACAUGUAACCUGUGUAGUAUAAUCUGCAGGUGUGUGUAACCAAAGAGACACCUUCACUCCACUUGACUACUAAAAGGGGUCGUCACAGGUAGCAAGAGGAUCCAGACUGCCAGGCACUUGUUGCGCCCGCACGUUCAGUUGCUUGCAAAUUGCUGAGAGGAUCUCGACAAGCAAGCGCAGGAUGCGCGCCGGCGGCUGCGCGGUGCAGCAGGCGCUGGCCGCGGAGGCGGCGGCCGUGGUGCGGCAGGCUGUGGCCCUGGCCCGGCGGCGCGGCCACGCGCAGGUGACCCCGCUCCACGUCGCCAGCGCCAUGCUCUCGGCGGCGGGGCUCCUCCGCGCCGCCUGCCUCCGCUCCCACUCCCACCCGCUCCAGUGCAAGGCCCUCGAGCUCUGCUUCAACGUCGCGCUCAACCGCCUCCCCACCGCCGGCCCCGCCGCCGUCAUGUUCCACCACCACGGCGGGCACCACGCGCCCGUGCUGUCCAACGCGCUCGUCGCCGCGUUCAAGCGCGCGCAGGCGCACCAGCGCCGGGGCGCCGUGGAGGGUGGCCAGCCGCCGCCGCCGCCGCCGCCGCAGCCGGGGCUCGCCGCCAAGGUCGAGAUCGAGCAGCUCAUCAUCUCCAUCCUCGACGAUCCCAGCGUCAGCCGCGUCAUGCGCGAGGCCGGCUUCUCCAGCUCCCAGGUCAAGGCCAACGUCGAGAAGGCCGUCUCGUCUCCGGAACACCACCCGAACACGACGACGGCCAGCCCCGCGACGAGCUCUCCACCAGGUUCCGGUCACGCGAGGCGCCCCAACGCCAGGGCCGACGACGACGCCAUGCGCGUGCUCGACUGCAUGGCGAGCGGGAGCAAGCGGUGCGUGGUCGUCGUCGGGGAGAGCGCGGCCACCGCGGAGGUGGUGGUGAGGGCGGUGAUGGACAGGGUGAGCAAAGGGGAGCUGCAGCAGCGGCACGAGCGGCUCAAGAACCUCCAGUUCGUGCCCCUCUCGGCGGCGUCCUUCCAGAGGAUGUCGAGGGAGGAGGUGGAGGCCAGGGCCGGCGACCUGCGCGCGCUCGUGCGACAGGGCUGCGCCGCCGGGAAGGGCGUCGUGCUCGUCGUCGAGGACCUCUCAUACGCCGCCGAGGCAUGGGCCGCCGCGUCGGAGAGGAGAAGGCGCGGCAGCCUUGAGCCUGGCCAGUGCUACUGCCCCGUCGAGCACGCCGUCAUGGAAGUGAGCAGCAUGGUGACCGCCGCAGGUGCCGGCAGAGGCCUCGACAGGUUCUGGCUGCUAGGGUCCGGGAACAACCAGGCUUACAUGAAGUGCCGAGCAGGGCAGCCAUCUCUCGAGGCCGUCUGGGAGGUACACCCCGUCGUCGUGCCGGACGGCGGCCUCGCGUUGAGCCUCAGCAGCGACAGUGAUGCUGGACAAGCAAAUCAAGAAAGAUCAAGAAGGCCAUGGCCCUUUGUCAAUGGCGCCGCAGCCGGUGAUAGCGAGCUCAUUUCCUGUGCCGCGAUGACGACGCCUAGCGUACCGCCAUGGCUUCACCAGCACCAAGAUUCAGAUAUGACCAGACCAGGGAACCGCAGCGCCAGUUUGCAGUUGCAAGAUUGGAACCCCAAUUGCUAUGGAUCAGCAGCACAGCACACCUCGGAGCUCACACUGAGCUUCUCCUCACCGGCUACUAACUCUCCAGACACUUCUUCCAUCUCUGGCUUUGCCCCAAGCUUCAAUGCCAACCUGAUGAUCAGCUCCAAGCCAUGGCAAUUCAAGCUGAUGCAACCUUGGCCAAACCAUAGACAUGGCGAUCCAUUGGCCAAGUCUUAUGAUCAUCAACCAUUACAUGCAAACCCUAGUCCAGAAUCCUAUUCAGUAUCCACCUCAUCCGUAGGUGGCUCAGCGGAGUCGCCAAAAUUCAUGGAGCUCACUGCUGAGAAUCUCAAGAUCCUUUGCAACACGCUCGAGAAUCGGACCCCACGUCACAAGGAUGUGGUUGCAGACAUUGCAAGUGUUGUGCUCCAGUGCCGCUCUGGCAUGACAAGGAGGAUGAGACGGUGCCAGGAGAAGCCAAGUGCAGCGACAUGGUUGCUCUUCCAAGGAGGGGACGAUGAUGGCAAGAAAGCAAUGUCUCGGGAGCUUGCAAGGCUUGUGUUUGGUUCCUACAGCAAGUUCACCUCCAUCUCACUAGCCGAGUUCACCCAGGUUCACUCUGAUUCAUCAAGCUCCAACCUGCUCAGCCUGAAGAGGCAAAGACCACCGGACACUGGGCAUGGUUGCUUUCAAACAUUGUAUGAAGCAAUACUCGAAAACCCUCAUCGGGUGAUAAUGAUUGAAGGUAUCGAGCAACUGGACUAUGACUCAGAAAUCAGUAUCAGGAAUGCGAUCGCCAAUGGAAGGAUAAGCGGCUGCAAUGGUGAUGAUAUCAGUUUGGAGGAUGCCAUUGUAGUACUGAGUUGUGAAGCACUCGAUUCAAAGUCUAAUGCUUCCUCCCCUCGGCUCAAGCAAAAGGUCAUUGACAAUGGCAGCAAGGGAGGAAAUGGCAUGAACAUAGAGAAUGGGACGGAGUCAUCUGGUUUUACCUUGGAUUUGAAUGCAUGUGCCGAGGAUGGAGACGGUGCUUCCGAUAAUGUGAGGAUCCUUAAUAUUGUGGAUGGUGUGUUCUUCUUCCAAUUAAUGGAGGAUUUGUGACUUUGUUUUGCUUCGUUUUAUCAAACAAAUUAGCCUAGAGUUGUUAGUUAAUUACUUAUUUCUCUUUGCCCUAGUUUUCUAGCUAAUCCUGAUCUUUUAUAGCCUUUUGUGUAAUGUAUAUGUUAAUUCUGUUAUGAAGCACCGAAUGAACUUGUGGAAAUCAGGAGCUAGCUAGGAAAGAAAGGGGAAAAAAAUAUAGGGUUUUCAAUGAAAUUGAUGGUAAGAUACAUGA